AUGUCAGUGCAGUCCAAUUUACAGGCUGGAGAAGCAGCUGCAUACUGCAUUUCCCUGAAGUAUUAUAUGAUUUCCACUCCUUGCAAACUUUAUCAUCUUUGUUGCAGUGAGUCGGAAACCAAUAUGCAGAGCCGGAGUACAGUCAUAUACCUCAGAUUUGUCUUACGGUUCCUUCUGCUCUGGGUACUCUUUGAGAAGUCACACACUGAAGAAGACAUCAUAAUUACCACCAAGAAUGGAAAAGUCAGGGGGAUGCGCUUGCCAGUACUUGGUGGCACAGUAACAGCCUUUCUUGGAAUCCCGUAUGCACAGCCACCUCUUGGUAGACUACGAUUCAAAAAGCCACAAUCCUUGACCAAAUGGCCUGAUAUUUGGAAUGCUACAAAAUAUGCAAAUUCUUGUUAUCAGAACACAGAUCAAAGUUUUCCAGGCUUCCUUGGAUCAGAGAUGUGGAACCCAAACACUGACCUCAGUGAAGACUGUUUAUAUCUGAAUGUGUGGAUUCCAACACCUAAACCAAAAAAUGCUACUGUAAUGAUAUGGAUCUAUGGUGGUAGUUUUCAGACUGGAACAUCAUCUUUGCAUGUUUAUGAUGGCAAGUUUCUGGCACGGGUUGAAAGAGUUAUUGUGGUUUCAAUGAACUACAGAGUAGGUGCCCUUGGAUUCUUAGCUUUACCAGGAAAUCCUGAGGCACCAGGGAAUGUGGGUCUAUUUGAUCAACAGUUGGCUCUUCAGUGGGUCCAAAAAAACAUAGCAGCCUUUGGUGGAAAUCCUAAAAGUGUAACUCUCUUUGGAGAAAGUGCAGGAGCAGCUUCAGUUAGCCUUCAUUUACUUUCUCCUAAAAGCCACCCGUUGUUUACCAGAGCUAUUCUGCAAAGUGGAUCUUCUAAUGCUCCUUGGGCAGUGACAUCUCUUUAUGAAGCUAGGAACAGAACAUUGACUUUAGCUAAAUUUAUUGGUUGCUCUAGAGAAAAUGACACUGAGAUAAUCAAAUGUCUUCGAAAUAAAGAGCCCCAGGAGAUUCUUCUUCAUGAAGUGUUUGUUGUCCCCUAUGGUACGCUCUUAUCAGUAAAUUUUGGUCCCACUGUGGAUGGCGAUUUUCUCACUGACAUGCCAGACACACUACUCCAACUUGGACAGUUCAAAAAAACCCAGAUCUUGGUGGGUGUUAAUAAAGACGAAGGGACAGCAUUUUUAGUAUAUGGUGCUCCUGGUUUCAGCAAAGAUAACAACAGUAUUAUAACUAGAAAGGAAUUUCAAGAAGGUUUAAAAAUAUUUUUUCCAGGAGUGAGUGAGUUUGGAAAGGAAUCGAUCCUUUUCCACUACAUGGACUGGUUAGAUGAUCAGAGAGCUGAAAACUACCGAGAGGCCUUGGAUGAUGUUGUUGGCGAUUAUAAUAUCAUAUGUCCUGCUUUGGAGUUCACCAAAAAGUUCUCAGAUAUGGGAAACAAUGCAUUUUUCUACUAUUUUGAGCACCGAUCCUCCAAACUCCCUUGGCCAGAAUGGAUGGGAGUGAUGCAUGGUUAUGAGAUCGAAUUUGUCUUUGGUUUACCACUGGAAAGAAGAGUUAAUUACACAAAAGCUGAGGAAAGUUUUAGUAGAUCCAUUAUGAAACGCUGGGCAAAUUUUGCAAAAUAUGGAAAUCCGAAUGGGACCCAGAACAAUAGUACGAGAUGGCCUGUUUUCAAAAGCAAUGAACAAAAGUAUUUCACCUUAAAUACAGAGUCACCAAAAGUAAAUACCAAACUACGUGCUCAACAAUGCCGAUUCUGGACACUAUUUUUUCCCAAAGUUUUGGAAAUUACAGGAAAUAUUGAUGAAGUAGAACGAGAAUGGAAAGCAGGAUUCCAUCGCUGGAACAAUUACAUGAUGGAUUGGAAAAAUCAAUUUAACGAUUACACUAGCAAGAAAGAAAGCUGUGCAGGGCUCUAA